GGCAAGCUCUCUCUUUCUCUCUCGAAUUCAUGUCGCAGGACAAGGGUCAACCACUACCAAAAUUUGGUGAAUGGGAUGUCAAUGAUCCUGCUUCAGCUGAAGGAUUUACUGUGAUUUUUAAUAAGGCUAGGGAUGAAAAGAAAACGGGUGGCAAACCAGAGUCACCAGGAAAGGGUGAUUCUCAAAUCAAGCCUGGAGUUGAUACUGCCAAGCCUCAGGCUAGUACAGUUGUGCUAAAAGAAUCUUGGUCAUGUAUCACACCUCAGGGUUACUCAAAGGAUUUUUCUUAGGUCUACAAAUGCCAUUCAGAUAAUAAAAAAGAGUACGAUUAACAAAAUAAAAAGAUUGGACAAGAGCAUUGUAGCUCAACUGGUUGGCACCUCCUAGUGUUUCGAAAUGAUACAUCUAGGGUUCAAAUUUCCCUUUCCCUGCUUUAACUAUUGAAUUAUCAAACAAAAUAGAAAGACUGUGACCAUCAAAAGAAAUGUUAGCAACUCUAAUUUAUCCUGUGAAGUUCAUAUGUAGUUGUUUAUAUAAAUUGGCUGUUCUUAUUCCAUUCCCCCCACCCCAAUCAAUUGUGUUUGCUUUCUAUAUCCCUAGAAUGGGGAAAAAAGUGGUGUGAGAUUGCACUGUCAUUUCUGCCACAGCCACACACUUUGCAUAAGCUGAUUUGUAUUAUGUGGAUGAUUCA